AUGGCUUCUUUGCCUUCAUAUGCCGGCAGUGGCACUCUCAAGCUCGAAUCAGACUCCAGAAAGCACUCCCCCACUUCUCUUUCCUCAGAAAAGAGUCCAAGGAUAUCUUAUCCAAGGACUCAUACAUUCACCCAAUCAGAUGGCAAGUCAGAUUCAGUUAGGUCUGUAGAUUUCCAAGAAGCACUCUCAAUUAUAAAAGAUGGUUCAAGUUUUGAAACAUCUUGCUAUGUCCCCCUCUUGCAAGAAUGCAUCAACAGGAAUUCGUUUUCAGGGGCUCAAAAUUUUCAUUCUCAUAUCAUAAAGACAGGAACUCAUCAAGAUUUGUUUGUUAUGACAUUCCUUGUCAAUGUUUAUGCCAAAAGUGGAGCCAUGGAAAAUGCUCGAAAAGUUUUUGUCAGUUUACGUAGGAAAAAUGUUGUCGCAUGGACUGCAUUGAUGACAGGUUAUGUUCAUAAUGAUCAACCAGAUGUUGCCAUCGAUGUUUUCCAAGAGAUGCUGAAAGUCGGGUCUUAUCCAACGAAUUAUACUUUAGGAAUUGCUUUGAAAGCGUGUUCUGCAUUAAAUUUUCUUGAAUUGGGGAAGCAAAUCCAUGCCUACAUUAUCAAAUACCAGAUAGAGCAGGAUACAAGUGUUGGAAACUCGCUUUGUAGCUUGUACUCGAAAUGUGCCAGCUUGGAUUCUGCUAUUAAGGCCUUUCUAAAGAUUGAGGAAAAGAAUGUAAUUUCAUGGACUACUGUUCUUUCAGCUUGUGGAGAUAAUAGUAGAGCUUCAAGGGGACUGAGAUUCUUCACUAAGAUGCUUGGUAACAAUGUUGAGCCUAAUGAGUUCACUUUGACUAGUGUUUUGAGCAUGUGUUGUACAGUGCUAUCUUCGAGCGUAGGGGCACAGGUUCAUUGUUUAAGCAUUAAGCUUGGGUAUGAAUCAAACCUCCGCAUAAAGAAUUCCAUCAUGUAUUUGUAUCUGAAAUGUGGGUGGUUUAGUGAAGCACAGCAAUUGUUCAAUGGCAUGGAAGACAUGAGCUUGGUUACAAUGAAUUCAAUGAUUGCAGGCUAUGGUGAAAUGAUGGAACUUGCAAAGGAUGGUCUAUCAGCCUAUCAUAAUGGAACUGAGGCACUCGACAUUUUUUCAAAAUUGAAUAACUCCGGCUUCAAACCUGAUCUAUAUACCUUCUCAAGUAUUUUAACUGUAUGUAGUAAGAUGUUGGCCUUAGAACAAGGGGAACAAAUUCAUGCUGAGACACUUAAAACUGGGUAUCUGUCAGAUAUGAUAGUGGGAACUGCACUUGUUAAUAUGUAUAAUAAAUGCGGAAGCAUCGAGAGAGCAAGCAAAGCUUUUUUGGAGAUGUCUGCCAGAACAUUGAUAUCAUGGACUUCUAUGAUUACUGCUUUUGCACAGAAUGGACAGACUCAGCAAGCACUGCAGCUCUUCGAGGAUAUGAGACAGACAGGAGUCAGACCAAACCAGAUCACUUUUGUUGGCGUUUUAUCGGCUUGUUGCCAUGCUGGAAUGGUAGAAGAAGCACUCGGAUAUUUUGAGAUGAUGCAAAAAGAUUAUAAAAUCAGACCUGUUAUGGACCAUUACACGUUCCUAAUUGACAUGUUUGUGAGGUUGGGGCGGUUAGAUGAAGCUUUUGAUAUAAUCAAGAAGAUGGAUUUUCCUCCAAAUGAGUUUAUAUGGUCCCUCUUGCUUACAGGAUGCAAAAGACAUGGAAAUGCUGAAUUGGGAUUUUAUGCUGCUGAAAAGUUACUUGAACUCCAGCCAAAAGAUGCUGAGACUUAUAUCUUGCUGUUGAGUAUGUUCAAGUCUGCAGAAAGAUGGGAGGAUGUUUCUAAACACUAA